AUGGCCGCCCGCGUUCUCAACGUGAACGUGGGAGUGCUGGGCCACAUCGACAGCGGGAAGACGGCGCUGGCGCGGGCGCUCAGCACCACCGGCUCUACCGCCGCCUUCGACCGGGCGCCGCAGAGCCGUGCGCGGGGCAUCACGCUGGACCUGGGCUUCUCCUGCCUGCGCACUGCGCUGCCGCCGCAGCUGGGCCCGGGGCCCGGCGAGCUCCAGCUCACGCUGGUCGACUGCCCGGGGCACGCCUCCCUCAUCCGCACCAUCAUCGGCGGUGCCCAGAUUAUCGAUUUAAUGAUGCUUGUGAUAGAUGUGACAAAAGGGAUGCAGACACAGUCAGCAGAGUGCUUGGUAAUUGGGCAAAUUGCCUGCCAGAAGAUGGUGGUAGUCCUGAACAAAAUAGAUCUCCUUCCAGAGGGGAAGAGACAGAGUGCCAUUGAGAAGAUGACUAAGAAAAUGCAGAAGACCUUGGAAAAUACCAAAUUCGCUGGGUGUCCUAUUGUUGCUGUUGCAGCAAAGCCUGGUGGACCAGAAGCCCCAGAGUCUGAGAAUCCCCUGGGUAUUUCUGAAUUAAUUGAGGUCUUGAAGUCUCAGGCUUACCUGCCAUCAAGAGACCCCUCAGGACACUUCCUUAUGGCAGUCGACCACUGUUUCUCUAUCAAGGGUCAAGGCACAGUGAUGACAGGGACUAUUCUUUCUGGCUCUGUUAGCCUUGGUGACAAUGUGGAGAUUCCUGCCCUGAAGGUGACAAAGAAGGUCAAGUCCAUGCAGAUGUUCCAUACUCCCGUGACUUAUGCAAUGCAGGGUGACAGAGUAGGUGUCUGUGUGACCCAGUUUGAUCCCAAACUGCUGGAACGAGGCCUGAUUUGCACCCCAGAUUCACUUCACACCAUCCACGCUGCCAUAAUUUCCUUGAAGAAAAUUCAGUAUUUUCGAGGAGCUCUUCAGACUAAGGCCAAGUUCCACAUCACAGUUGGUCAUGAAACAGUUAUGGGAAGAGUGAUGUUUUUCAGUCCAGCCCCUGCUAACUUCAAUGAAGAAAUUCAAGAAAAUGUUUUUGAUUUUGAAAAAGAUUAUCUUUAUCAAGAGGAAUAUUUGUCCAAGGACUCAGUUUCUUCAGAGGAGAACAAAGAAAAUGACCAGGCAGGAGAAGUCCAGCUCCCAAAACAACAGUGGGCUUUGCUGGAGUUUGAAAAACCAGUCACUUGUCCUAAACUGUGCCUUGUGAUUGGCUCUAAGCUGGAUACAGAUAUUCAUGCCAAUACCUGCAGGCUGGCAUUCCAUGGGGUACUGCUCCAAGGCAUGGAAGACAAGAACUACACAGAGACUUUCCUUCCAAAGCUGAAAGUGUACAAACAGAAGCACAAAGAAGGACAAGUGGAAAGGGUGAUGGAUGAUUACAGUGUGAUUGGUCGUUCAUUGUUUAAAAAGGAAACAAACAUCCAGAUUUUUGUGGGUCUGAAAGUGAAACUGUCUACAGGAGAAGAUGGAGUAAUAGAUGGUGGUUUUGGACAAAGUGGUAAAUUUAAAAUCCGAAUUCCAGGUAGGUGCUUAGCAGUUAACAAAUACUAAUCUUUGCCAAGUGUAGAGCAUCUUUCCGUAUUGCAAGGUGAAGUGCUACCAGGAAUCUCCUGAAGUUUUGAAAUCAGCUCAUAGCCAGUUGGAGCAGUGAUCUGGUGGGGACUGUACCUCUUCUAAUUACAUGAUGGUGGCUGUGACUUAGUGUGAGACUGGAUGGUCUGAAGUCACAUCCCCUCUGUCAACAAACUCCAGUCUCAAAAUGAUUUCUUGCUAAGUGUCAGUAACACGGAUCAUGUAGGUGCCCAGAGAGGUUUGUGGUAAUCUUUCCUAUUUUAAUGUAUGUAUGAUUUGCACCAGAGCCCUUCUGAACAAAUAAAAGAAAGCAAACCUGCAAUCAUUUUUACCUGUAGCUGCUUAUUAAAUAUAGUAUACUGGAUGCAAGCUCCUUAAAUUGGCUCUGUUCUGCAUGUUAUUACCUGACUUGCCUUCAAGCAAAAACUGCUUGAUAAAUGGGGUUUUGGACAUCUUGAGAGUGUUUUUAUUGCUUGUGUCUCCUGGUUUUAUAAUAUUAUAUGUGACUGUUUUUUUCAUCCUUGGUGAAUUACAGAAAGGAUUUAUGCCUCCUUAGGUUAGAGCAUGGGAAAUGAUGGGUGCUAGAGUUUAUAAGUGUCAUUUACUGGGUUUUUU